CUGUCCCUAGCUGUAUCACUUUUCGAUAUUUCUUGAUAUUUCAGUUUAAAUUUUAGUUCUAGYGCGUUUUAUUUUGCGUUUUUAAAAGCAUCAAUAUGGAUAGCAAACAAUUCCGUGAAGCAGGGAAGCAAAUGAUCGACUUCAUCGCCGAUUAUUUUGAUAAUAUYGAGAAACUUCGAGUAAUACCCGAUGUUAAACCAGGAUUUCUACUUGAUACUCUUCCUUCAUCUUCACCUCAACAGGGCGAAGAUUUCUCUAAGAUUUUUAMAGAUUAUGAAAGUCAAAUUAUGCCUGGGAUUUAUCAGUGGAAUAGUCCAACAUUCCAUGCAUUUUAUCCCAGUGGAGCUUCAUAUCCAUCUAUUCUUGGUGAGCUUCUUAGUGCGGCAACAGCAGGCGUUGGAUUUUCUUGGGAUGUGAAUCCUUCAUCCACUGAACUUGAGAUAGUAGUGCUGGAUUGGUUAGCUAAGAUGUUGGAUUUACCUAAAGAGUUCAUAGCUAUGAAUCCAGAUCAGGGAAGUGAUGGCAAAAGAGGAGGUGGAGUAAUCCAGGGAACUGCAACAGAGUGUGUAGUUGUUUCUAUGUUGGCUGCUCGUAGAAAAUCCCUUGAUUAUCUUAAAGAAAAACAUCCCAAUGAACCAGAGUCUGCAUUACUUGGCAAGCUUGUGGCUUAUGCUUCUCAACUGUUCUGUGCAAAUCUGGGCACUACAAUUGCUUGUUCCUUUGAUAACUUGGAAGAAAUUGGUCCAAUUUGCAAAAAAUGGAAUAUAUGGCUACAUGUGGAUGCUGCUUAUGCAGGGACAUUCUUUCUAUGUCCUGAAUUCAGACAGUACACCAAAGGGAUGGAGUUUGCAGACGCCUUCAAUUUCAAUUGUCAUAAGCUGAUGUUGACCAACUUUGACUGYGCUCCUCUUUGGGUGAAAGACAGGGGCGMCCUUAUGAAUGCGCUCAGCGUUGAUAGAUCUUAUUUCAAGAAUGAUGAUACAGGUAUCGUGACAGAUUUUAGGAAAUGGCAGAUUCCUCUCGGUAGACGCUUUCGUUCAUUAAAACUUUGGUUUGUACUGAGAUCUUUCGGAGUUGAAGGACUACAACGCCACGUAAGAAAGAAUAUAGAAAGAACAAAGUUAUUUGAAAGCUUGGUUGAGAAAGAUGACCGCUUUGAGUUCUGGCCAAGAAAACCUAAUCUAGGAUUGGUGUGUUUUAGGUUGAAGGGGGAUGAUGAGUUGACCAAGAAUUUGGCGAAAAGGAUCAACAGUUCAGGAAAGUUAUCUUUGUCUGCUGUUCUGUUUAAAAACCAGACUGUUGUACGAUUUCAUGGCGGAACUUUCAACACUGAAGAACGGCACGUGCAUGAAACGUGGGAAACAAUUCAGAACGAGACUGACUUUUUGUUGAAAUCAUUAUAAAAUGGUGAUUGAGAGGCAACGUGUUAGUCCCUUG